GGGAGAUAAUUUGCAGUAGGGCGGGCUGUGUGCUGGUAGGAAAAACGUGUGAACAAUAAACCUGUGGAAUCUCAGGAAGAAACCAUGAAGAAGGCACCCAAGAAGAGUGAGGAGGCGUUGUCGGGGCAACCACCAGCUGACUACGAGGUGGGACAGGUGUCAGGAAGUUUGUUCAAGAAGAAAUCUGCGGCCUCCGGAUCUCUGUCGGCUUUAUUCAGCACCGCUGCACCGGCUGGUCCUCUUCUGUUUCAGCCUGCACCCAAGCCUGUUCAGAAGAUCACAGAGGAAAAGGAGGAACAGAAGGAAACUCCAGAGGUGAAAGGUCAACCCGGUCAGAAGAAGAAGACGAAUCAGAAGCAACUUCUGGAGAAAUCAGAAGCCGACCAGAAGCUGGAAAACAGGGAGAUCAGUUUACAGAACGCCGACGAGGACGAGCAAGGGCCGGCGGCGCCCGCAAAAAAGAAGAAGAGGAAAGCGCCGGAGCCGGACGGGCAGACCAGUGCGGAGCAGUGGGUGAUGAAGAGGCAGAAGCUGAAAGCCGUGAAAGAGGAGGAGGCGAUGAAGGUGAAGAGGACGGUGUUUGUUGGCAACCUGCCCAUCAGCUGCAACAGGAAGACACUGCAAAGCCUCUUCAGAGAUCAAGGAUCCAUCGAGUCCAUCCGGUUUCGCUCUGUGGUCAGAGAGGAUCCCCUCAUGUCCCGCAAAGUAGCAGUUAUCCAACGCAAAAUUCAUCCAAAAAAGCAAAGCAUGAACGCCUACGUGGUGUUUAAAGACGAGGCCGCAGUCGCCAACGCGCUAGAGAGGAACGGCAUGGAGAUCGAGACAGGCUUUCACAUCCGAGUGGACAAAGUGACGGACGGCACAUCGUACGAUAACAAACGCUCCGUGUUCGUGGGGAAUCUGUCGUUCGAGAUGAAGGAACUGACUUUUCGGCGGCACUUUGAGGAGUGUGGCCCGGUGGAGGCUGUACGAGUGGUGCGAGACCAGAACUCUGGACUCGGGAAAGGAUUCGGUUACAUCCUGUUUGAGAGCGCCGACUCGGUGCAGCUGGCGUUGGAGCUGGACGGCACCAAACUGGAGGGCAGACCCAUCCGGGUGAAGAGGGCAGAGAGGCAGAAGAAUAAAACGGACAGUAAAGGAACCAAAGGAAGGACCGACAAGGGCCCCAUGAAGGGCCCCAAGAAGGGCCCCAUGAAGGGCUCGGGGCAGGAGAGAGGAGGUUUCAAGUCUAACAAGAAGUUCUCUGGAAACCAGCAGAAUUUGACCAAGAGCUCCAACUCCUUCAAAGGAGAGAUGGUGGAUCAUAUCAAAAAGAAAGUGCUGAAGAAGAAACAGAAGCCCAGAAAGAAAGUUCAUAUCUGAUCUACAUCUUAAUGAAAUAAAAAAGUGUGUGAGGACUAAACAACAGUUUAAAGAUGAACAAAAAGCCGGAAUUUCUAGUUUGUCAACGAUGACGGAGUAGUGAUGGGCCUCUGUUGGGAAAAAUAAUCUGAAUCGGAGGUGGUGAAGUUAUAAUUCGUGUGGACAAUAAUGGUGAGAUGUAUGUGUGACAUUAGUUUUGGUUUUCCACCUCCGAUGAGGAGCAGCUCACUGCCGACGGUUCUCUGUCUCAGACGGUCUGAAUGAGAUACUACUAAAUCACUAUUGGGGCAAGUUAAGUUGUUUUUCAAAUAUUACAACAUUAUUUUCAUAACAUUACGACUUUAUUCUCGAUUUACAGAUAUGUGGGUAAUGUUUUAAAUGUGCAAAAAGGUUUUGUGAAACACAUAUGAGCUAUUAAAGUCCAGAGGACACGGCAGAUAUAACGUUAAAUAUUUGAAAGGACAACAGAAUAUCAGAAAAUUAGUGUAUUAUAUUUGAUUUGUCACCUGGCAUAUGAAUUUCGUGUUUUCCGUCACAUACAUAAAGACAUUUCCACCAUGAAUCACUGCAUUAAAGAAGUCCCCAGACUGCCGUUUGUUCCUGCUUCUAAAAGGUGAUGACACGUUCAAGGCAACAAGGAAGAAGUAGAGGUGGCUUAAUUACGUUAUAAACAACGGUCAGCGGCGGGAAGUAAAAGUCUUCUUUCACCGUUUCUUUUUGGGUCUCAGUGGUCAGACCUCACAGGAAGUCAUCAUCCCAUGAACAGUUAUUAGCUCUGAUCUGUGAGACAGUUGAACUUCAAUCCUCCUCCAAUCACCAUUAUCCAAUAAGGAGCAAGAUAAAAGCAACUAGCUUAUAACUGAAGUCCUCUUCAAAAUAAAUGUGUAUAGCUAGUGAACUGUUGAACUAUGUAUAUCAUUAUAUUCUCUCAUUUGUAUGUAUACAUGCUACAUUUUAUUCCCAUAGCCAUCUUUCAGAAUGAAAUAAGAAGUGAUGUUUUGCCUUCAAAAUA